AUGGGAGUGCUUGGGGAGGGGGAGAGGGGGGGUUGGAGUUCGAAGGAGGCAAGAGUUCUAGAAUUCGUUUUUGGUAUGAUUCGUGGUGUGGUGGUAGGGCUCUUUGUGCUGUUGUUCCAGAUCUAUUUCCUUGGGAAGUUGAGGGAUAAGAUGGUCCGAAUGCCUACUGGUAACAAGAAGUUUUCAAUUCAUUCUUGGUAUAAGACAUUGUGUAGGCCAAAUGGGGUUGACUCUUUUCCUUGGAAGAAUAUUUGGAAGAGUAAGGUGCCUUCUAAGGUUGCGUUCUUUGGCUGGUCUACUUCUUUAGGGAAGAUUUUAACUUUGGAUAAUCUCAGGAAGCAUGGAUUAAUUGUUUUGAAUUGGGGUUUCUUAUGCAAGAAAUUUGGUGAAUCCGUGGAUCAUUUAUUAUUACAUUGUGAUGUGACCAGGUUGUUAUGGUAUAAAGUGUUCAAUAGGUGUGAUUUGGCUUAA